CAUAUUCCGCGUACUUCUACCCUACAUAGUUGCAUGUUCAAAUUUCAAAUUAUAUUAUUUGUUUUGAUUAGGAGUGUUAUAGUUUUUUUGAAUAAUUUGAAAAUCUGUUAUUAUUUAAUUGAGGUUCAUGAUAAUAAAUUCAUAUAUUAUUUAUGACAAUGAGUUCCUCCAGUGGUCUGAAAGAUACUCUGAAAAGCGUUCUACCAGAAGAAAUCUUGCCAUGUCAAAGACGAGAAGAUCAACUGCCUUAUAUAAAAAAUGCUUUGAUGAGAACUUUGCCCGCCACAGAUAGCAAAAACCUCAAGAAUGAUCUCGAAUGGAAAUUCCUACUAGACAGGCAUAGCUUUCAAAAGAAAAAACAGUUGAAGAAGAAAAAAUCUUUUCUCACACGCAAACAGCGAUCUGAAUUAAAUUUGCUAAAAUUGCCUAAAGAUGGUUGGAGUUAUGUCUCACUGCAACCUAUCAGAGACAUGUGGAAGGACUACAUGAGGCAAAAUCUGAGCUUAUUCAAAGUUCCACAGUGUAUAGAUCAAGAAUGGAGCACUUUCAGUUCUGUUUUAGCAAAAUCCGAAUUAGUAGGAGCAGAGUUGACAGUUAUCAAGUCAAAGAUACCUAGUCAAGUAGGAAUGAGUGGAACCGUCAUUCUAGAAACCAAAAUGACCUUUCAGAUUGUUGUUAAUGAUUCAAAGUUAAAAACCCUUGUUAAAGACAAUUCAGUAUUUGAGUUUCAUCUGGACAACAUAAAAUUCACGAUUUAUGGAAAACAUAUCACAACAAGACCCAGUGAAAGAAGCGUGAAGAAAAUUAGGGGACAAAUGGUUCCUGAAUUAUAAGUUAUGUAGUUGUAUAUUGUUAUUUAUAUUUAGAAGACUGUUCAUUAAAUCUAAAAACAUCUAAACUUGA